CUCGCCGCCCGCCCCGCGCCCGCCCAACCCCCGCAGCGGAACCGGCGGCGCCGACCCGACCCGACCGGCCCGGCCCCCGCCCCCGCCCCGCCACAUCCGCCGGGCCGGGCCGGGCCCUAGCGCAGCGGCAGGCAGGCGCGGGAGCCUCGGCCGCGCCCGGGACAUGGGCCCCGCAUCGCCCCGCGCCCGGCGCCGCCGCCCCCGCACCGACACCGGCACCGCCACCGGCACCCGCACCCCCCGCUAGCAGCGCCGCCGCCGCCGCCCCCGCACGGAGCGCCGCCGCCGCCGCCGCCCGCCCGGCCGCAGCCCCAAUGAGCGGCUCCCAGCCCGCCGCCACCGACAGGUUUCCCCUCAAAAAACCUACAAGGCAUGGCAGCAUUCUGAGCAGAGAGUCUCCAGCCGACAAGAAGCAGAAGGUUGAACGCUGCAUCAGUGCGCACGACUUUGAUCCUACAGAUAGCUCCUCCAAGAAGACAAAGUCUAGCUCGGAGGAGAGUAGAUCCGAGACGUAUGGUCUUGUUCAGCGCUGCGUUGUUAUUCAGCGGGAUGAAAAUGGAUUUGGGCUGACAGUCAGCGGAGACAAUCCAGUCUUCGUGCAGUCAGUCAAAGAAGAUGGAGCAGCCAUGCGGGCUGGAGUUCAGACGGGUGAUCGAAUUAUCAAGGUGAAUGGGACUCUUGUAACGCACUCAAAUCAUUUGGAAGUGGUCAAGCUGAUCAAGUCGGGUUCCUAUGUAGCUCUCACUGUGCAGGGGCGCCCACCAGGGUCGCCCCAGAUUCCGUUAGCUGAUUCCGAAGUGGAUCCGGCAGCAUUCGGGCAUAUGUCACCCAUCAUGACCUCUCCUCAUUCGCCUGGCACGUUUGGAAACGCAGAAAGGAUUACCAGCCCGGUAUUAAUGGGGGAGGAGAACAAUAUUGUUCACAACCAGAAAGUGGAGAUUCUGAGAAAGAUGUUGCAAAAGGAACAAGAGCAGCUGCAGUCCUUGCAGGAAGAUUACAGCCGAACACCCACCCCACGACUGCUCAAGGAGAUUCAGGAAGCCAAGAAACACAUCCCUCAGCUGCAGGAGCAACUGUCCAAAGCCACAGGCUCUCCUCAGGAUGGAGUUUUGUCCUCCCGAUUAGUGGCUGAGUCUCUGCAGAUCAGUGAAGUUGAGACGGAGAGUGGGGAAGGGCUGAGCAAAAUUGAGUCAAGUGGCGAUGGCUCCCGGCCAAACAGUGACAUUGCUGAUAGUCCUCGGAGUGGCCUGAAGGAGCGAGUUUACCUGGAUGAGAGCCCAGAGAAGAGCGAAAUUCAGGAUACUGAUUCACAGUCCAGUGUUGGGAGCCCCUCCUCCCGCGUGGCACCUCAGAUCAUCGGAGCAGAGGAUGACGACUUUGACACUGAACACGAGCAGAUUAAUGGGCAGUGCAGCUGUUUCCAAAACAUGGAGCUGUUGAAGUCUCGCCCGGCUCAUCUAGCUGUGUUCCUGCAUCACGUGGUGUCCCAGUUUGACCCUGCAGCCUUGCUCUGCUAUCUCUAUGCGGACUUGUACAAACAGACCAACUCCAAAGAGACUCGUCGUGUCUUCCUUGAGUUUAACCAGUUCUUCCUGGACCGAGCUGCGAACCUGAAGGUCCCAGUUCCAGAUGAAGUUUCUGUAGAUCUAGAAAAGAGGCGGCCAGAACUCAUUCCAGAAGAGCUGCACCGCCAUUACAUCCUAACUAUGCAAGAUAAAGUCCUUCCAGAGGUCCAGAGGAAUUUGGAAGACUUCAGACAGAAACGUAGCAUGGGCCUGACCUUGGCAGAGGGUGAACUGACUAAGCUGGAUGCGGAACGAGUCCGUGACCGGAGCGUGCUGGAGAAGGAGAGAGCAUGUGCAGAGCAGAUAAUUGCCAAAAUUGAAGAAGUUCUGGUGUCAUCUCAACCUUUGGAAGAGGAUAAGAGUUCCACCAUGCAGUACGUGAUUCUCACCUACAUGAAAUACUUGGGGGUGAGAGUCAAAGAGCCCCGGAGUCUGGAGCAGAAGCGUGGACGUAUUGGUUUUCUGCCAAAGAUUAAGCAAAGUAUAAAGAAAGAGAAAGAAGGGGAGGAAAAGGUGAAGAGGAGAGGUUUCCCUAGCAUCCUGGGGCCACCGAGAAGACCGAGUCGCCAUGACAGUAGUGCAAUUGGCAGAGCCAUGGAAAUGCAGAAGCAGCGCCAUCCAAAGUACUUAUCCACAACCUCUUCUGUUAGCCCAGAGCCACCAGACUCUGGCAAAACACGCCAGAGCGGAUCUUCCAGCGAGGGCACAGAUGUAGCAUACCCAACUGCUAAUCCUAUGUCUCCCCUGACUUCGGGACCUUUUACCUCCCUGGAGGCAAGCAAAGAUAGUGAGACAGGUCCCAAGCAGACUGGAGAAGUUCCACCGUCUAGUGACUCUGUGGAUGGCACCCCCCGCACACCUAAUGCCACCUUUGACUUCCCUUCCCCACCCCUGGACCACUUGCAGGAAGAGGAGGGAGAACUUGAGAGAACAGCUGAGUUGGGAACACCAAAACCUUUCCGCAAGAUGGAGAGCAUGGGCUAUGGAGAUGUCCAAAGUGAGGAUGAACUGUAUGAUUUUGAUACAGACACCGAUCCUCCCAACUGGCAGCAGCUUGUGAGUCGAGAGCUGCUGCUGGGGCUGAAACCCUAUGAAAUCAAACGCCAAGAAGUGAUUAACGAGCUGUUUUACACAGAGCGAGCUCAUGUCCGCACGCUGAAGGUUCUGCAUCAGGUCUUCUACCAGCGCGUCUCCCGUGAAGGGAUCCUCACUCCCUCAGAUCUGCGGAAGAUCUUUUCCAACCUGGAGGACAUCCUUCUGCUCCACACCGGCUUGAAUGACCAGAUGAAAAGUGUCCGAAAAAGGAAUGAGACAUCAGUUAUUGAUCAGAUUGGAGAGGACUUACUAACUUGGUUCAGUGGACCAGGAGAGGAGAACCUGAAACAUGCAGCAGCCACCUUCUGUAGUAACCAGCCCUUUGCUUUAGAGGUGAUCAAAUCACGGCAGAAGAAGGACUCGCGCUUCCAGACCUUUGUGCAGGAUGCCGAGAGUAAUCCGCUGUGUCGCCGGUUGCAAUUGAAGGAUAUCAUUCCCACUGAGAUGCAGAGACUGACUAAAUACCCCCUUCUGUUGGAUAGUAUUGCUAAGUAUUCAGAACUGCCUGAGGAGAAGGAGAAAGUGAAGAAAGCAGCGGAUCACUGCCGUCAAAUCCUUAACUAUGUGAACCAAGCUGUCAAAGAGUCGGAGAACAAGCAGCAUUUAGAAGAUUAUCAGCGUCGUCUCGACCUAUCUUAUCUGAAGCAGGCGGAAGACCCUAUGCUGGAUGAGUUCCGGAAUUUGGAUUUAACCAAGCGGAAGAUGAUUCACGAGGGACCUCUGACUUGGAAGGUGAAUCGGGACAAGACUAUAGAUCUCUACACUUUGCUCUUGGAGGAUAUUCUGGUGCUCUUGCAAAAGCAAGAUGACAAACUGGUGCUGCGGUGUCACAGUAAGAUCCUGGCAUCUACUGCUGACAGCAAGCACAUAUUCAGCCCUGUGAUCAAGCUGAACACUGUGCUAGUUCGCCAGGUGGCAACAGAUAACAAAGCUUUCUUUGUCAUCUCCAUGUCAGAAAAUGGCGCCCAUAUUUAUGAACUAGUGGCACAGACCGUUUCGGAAAAAAACGCAUGGCAGGACCUGAUAGCUCAGAUGGCAGGGACAGUGAAAGCCGAGGCUUCCACCAGAAGGGUGAUACCAUUACCGCAGCCAGGGCCUGGCGAAGAAGAGCGUGAGGAAGAGGAGCAGAAGUUGAAAGACGAGCAGCCUGAUAUUCCAGCCAGCAGCAUGCAGAGUCCAGAUAAAGAGUUGGGCCUUGAGCCUUCCCUCAUACUGAAGACCCAGUCUCCUUCAGCUGUCAUGUCGGAGAAGUCUGAAGUAGAAGAUCUCCUUGUGACAGAGAGGCAGUUUGACAAAGAGCAGCAGGAAGACGAGCUUGUGCUCAAAGACUCCUCCGCAUGCUACGAACAAGCGACCACAGACGUGCCUUUCCGAGUCUCAGAAGAGCGGUGGGCACUGGAUGCGUUAAGGAGCUUGGGCUUGUUGAAACAGUUGUUGGUGCAGCAGCUUGGCUUGUCGGAGAAGAGGACCCUUGAAGACUGGCAGCAUUUUCCCAGGUUUAGGACAGCUUCCCAAGGUGCUUGGGCAGAAAGUGGAAACCAGGGUGGACUGCAGCACUCUGAUAAUAACAAGAUGCACCAGCCCGGAGUGGACCGGAUGCCUGUCAGACCUGGAACUAGUGAACCCGCAGCUUGUUACGGUAUCCGGACUUCAGCUGAAUUCCCAGCUUCACAGGAUGCCGUGCAGCUGGUAUCUAGAGACGCCAGGUCAGGUAAUAAUGUAGUAAUGGACCUUGUAAGCAUGAACGUGGAGACCCCGCUCACGGAGCUGGAAGGAGUGGGUCCUGAUGACAAUGGAGAGCACUUCUUUGAUGCCCGCGAGGCCCACAGCGACGACAACCCAUCCGAAGGAGAAGUGACGGAAAGGAAGGAGGAUGAGGAGGUGCAGUUACGGAUCUCAGGAAAUUAUUUGAUCCUUGACGGAUACGGAACGGUGCAGGAAAGCUCCACGGACGACGAGGUGUCUUCGCUAGUCCUACAGUGCACUGCAGGCAGCACCUCUCUGGACACGGCGCAGCAGCAACACGUUUCCCCCAGGGAGGCCCAGGCAGACGGGGGGAGCUCCCUGUUUGCUGAGUUCAUGGCCUCCCGCUGGGCGGCUGUGGAGGAGUCCAGCUCCGGAGCACCAAGCCCCCCCUUCUCCGUAGAGUCACGUAUCCAGAUGAUGCAGUACAUUCACAAGAUCGAGGCUGACCUUGAACACUUAAAGGAGAUCGAGGAAAAUUAUGCCACUCUCCUUCGCCAAAGGCUGGCUGGAUCAGCCCCCACAGAUGAGCACUCAGACAAAAGUUAGUCACGUUUUUAGAAGUGGCUGAAGGUUGGAUGAAGAGUAUCGGCGCCUGCUGGCUUCCGUGUGGACUCUGAGGCUACAGGGCUUCUUUCUGUGGACCAUCCAAGUGUUAACCAUACUCCAGCAAAGCAGGGAAUGGGGUGCUUUCCUUCAGGGGCAACUGCACUAGCCUGGCUGGCAGGGAGUCUCUUCCAUUCUCUCCUCUUCCUCUCCUUGCUUCUAAAAAAUUGUUUUUGAUUCUGAACAAACAGACAAAAAAAAAAAACAAAACCAAACCAAAUGUACAGAGCUUUGGGUGUAGGAUAUAAAAUGUAUUUAGACAUUAAAAAAAAAAAUCAUUGUAUUUAUUUGACUUCAUUCCGUGUAUCAAAAGCACAUUUUAACAUUUUUUUUUUUUCUAUUUGCUUUUUGUUUGAAUUGGGUAGUGACAAGUCUAGGCCUCUGCAUAGAGUACCCCUCUUCCCCCCGCCCCCGGGUCUUGCUGUUCCUGGAAGCAAGUGCAGUUGGAAGGAGAACACGUGUGCACACGUGUGUCUUGAUUUCACUGGGCUGGGCUCCACAGUCCCUCCUGGCAACAAAACUGCCAUGCAAAGAGCUAUUUCGGAAGGGGUUAGAAUGAUUUAUGGCUGAAAUGAACUGUAUUGAAGAGCAUGGGAGCUGUCUCCCUGCUGGGCGAGUGCCUGUUCUAGAUAGCUCCUGUCACUGUGUGUAAUGAGCAUUCUCCAUGCACUAAAUAGCCAGGCACUUGAAAUUUGGCAAACACUAUUCCCCCUCUCCACCCCCCACCUUGGUGCUCUCGUUCAUUGACUUGUGGGGCCUCACUGGGAGAGGAGAAAGCUGGGGUUUUUUUGUUUUGUUUUCUUCCUUGACUUCAUGUUGGCCUUGAUCACAAUCUCCUUUAAAAGCGAUAAACAAUGCCUGGAGCUGGAGCACUUGUGUAACUUCUCCUUAUCGGACAGAAAUAAAUGGAAACCCAGGAAUGUUUCUGAGGUGUUGGGCAGGUGGGUGUCUGUCGUUGAAUCACUACUGAAUGAACCCUGGCUGCCAAUGGAGUUAGCCACAGGUACUGCUGAUUAUGGGGCCAGUACAUUUUAGUACCUGAAGGUAUAUCUUGCUGAGGGUUUUUUUUUUUUGCACUGAUUGUGCCAAAGUGCUCUCCCCAAACCAGAGAGAUGCACAGCAGACAAGGCAGAACAGCUGGAGCCAGAGCCAGCUCUCUAGCACUUCUUUAGGCCAGUUUGAAUAGUUUGCUGUUGGAAUUUACCCUAGACUAGGAACAAGAUGGGAAAUUUCUGUCUGACAGCAGAGCUAACACUGGACACUCCAGACUGGUUAUUGAUAGCACCUGCUCAGAAACUUGCUAGCAGGAUGGGCAUGGGAUAGGCAAUUCCAGGCUGUCUCUAGCCUCACAAUCUCCCUUGAGUCAGAUUGGUAGCUUCAAGUACAUAGGACACGUUCCUUCUGCACCAGAUACAAAAGUUUUAAACUGAACAAUGUGCCAAACCUGUAAAUCCUAUUAGCAUGUUCAAGCUAUUACAAGGAUGUUUGCAUUACUGCAUGGACCAUGAAGUGCUGAGAAUCUCUUUGAUCAGCAUAAAGGUCAUGUUCUUUGCUUCAUUAACACGCAAGCAGAUUUCCCAUGUAGCAAAUGGCAGAGAUUCAAAAUUGCUUCUUCCACUCAUGCAAAACAAAAACCAGCCUUGAUAUUUCCCUUUAAAAUAGCAGGAAAGGGAGGAGAGGGAAGAGCUUAUAAAAGUAGAUAUCAGUUGCCUAGAAAGGUUUUUGGACUUUGAAAGUUGGAGCCAUAAUAGAGCAGGGAAGAUCUUUCUCGCAGAGAAGCCAAGUGCAUUGAGCAUCAUUCUCCUCCGGCAGGAGCUACGUGCUGCCAACGUGUUACCUCCUAUUCAAGCAGGAGCUCUCUCUUGCUGAGGCCAUGCUAAGGGCCACUGUACAAAGGUAGUAGCAAUAUAGGCCUUCCAGUGUUAUAUAGGUGACAGCUCCACACACCACUUCAGCCACCACGUGCCAUGAGUUUAAACUUCUGAAAAGCCCAGAUAGUUAACGAGAGCCCCAUGUGGAAUCUCCCUUCUCCCUAAUCCUGAUCCAGUGAUACCUGAUCCCUGGCCAAACUUGGCUCUUAAUGCCCUUUUUCUGGUGGUGGUUUUUUCUCCCAUCACUUUUGUUGGUCAGAAUGAUGCCUGUGUCCUGGAUGGACAGAUGGGAGAUAGGUUUGUUUUGUUUUGUUACCCUUUUGCAUUGCAUGCUAUGGCUCCAGCUGCCAGUAACUCUGCUUUCCAGAGUUGUCAAAUGAUGCUUGAUCUUUCUCAGCCUUGUGCUAUAUUUAAUAUACAGAGGUCAGGCUGUUUCCAAGUAUGGGCCCAGCGGUGAUGGGCUCUGUUUGGGCAUCCUGGCCAGGCACUUUGCUGUUGUAAUUCACACCAGAGCCUCUCCUGAUCUCUGCCCUCCUGCUAGGGGCAUAGGAAUCCUGAUGCUGCCUAAGCAGCAGCGAGUUGGCCUCAUGAUGGAGGGGCACACUGCACUCAUUAACUCCUCAUCUGACUCCCCUGUGCUGGGGAAAGCUCCCAUAACUGCACUGGUGUUGGGGCAGCACUAUGACAAUGAUUGCUAUGGACAAGCUAGCAUGGCCAUGAUGUGGGCAUUUCCGUUCCGGUGUUGUCUAGAUUUGCACUUGUGCUCCCACCACUAGAGCUGCAUGGGUGAGGGAGUGACCUAGCCUACACUCCAGCCUCUAGCAUCUCUCCGCAUGCAUAAAGGGUGCAUUGACUGUUUGUUCCUCUGCUAGUCUGGUGAUGGUGGCACAUGAGGCUUCAGGAUGAUGGAGGGUGCUAGAUAGGAUUAGACUGAAGGAAGUCAAAGGACCUUUUUGGAGCUGAGAAAGAAGGGCAAUCCACUUGGACCCAGUUUCAUGGAAGCGAAAUGACCUGCUGUGCUCUGCUCUGCUUGCUUUUCCGACUGGCCUUGUCAUGCUAUGUUGAUCAGUCUCAUGUUAAGGGCAUUACUGUUACCUAGUAUGAUUCUCUAGCUUUAUUUUCCUGAGCAGAGUUCCCUGAAAUCACAGGAGGAGCCCGUUUCACUCCCUGGCAUGUUUACUGUACGGCAGACCUCAGGCAUGGCUCUGUGGGGAGGGGGCUGGAGCUCAAAUGCACUUUGCAGGUUUCCUGCUUUUUUAUUUCCCUUCUAGCCAUGGGUUUUCUUUCUGUAAAUUCCAGUUUCCAGCUUGGCAUGAGGUGACAUUUUAACCUGUCCCUGGCUGCUGGUUGUACAUUCCCUCAUUCAAACUGGACAGUAGAGCAGGGCACUGUGCUCCCUGAUUUUGUGCAUCUCUGUGCGUGUUUCCCCCACCCGCUUCUUCCGUGUGCUUUUCUUCUGUAGAAGAGGACCCAGGGUUUCUCCUCUUGGGAAGUGAGGAAAGGUUACUACAAAGUCCCCUCUUGAGAAAUGCACUCAUCUGGUGUCCUGGCAUCCAGUUCACAGGACCAGAAGGAAAGGAAUCUCUCUCUCUGCAAUAAAGGGGUAGGAUAAUGAUUGGCAACGCAGCUUGAGCGGAGCUGACCUGCUUGCUUGCAAGGAGGGUAAAUUGUCUUGUGAUUCCACCAGUCGGGGUGGGGAUGAGGGAUGAAAAUCCAAGGGGCUUGAAUGGAAAGUCUAGACACCUGGUCAGCUUUCAUGCCACACUGCCUAUCUCCAGUCUUUCCAUACAACAUGGUUACUCUGGCUCUUAUUGAAGCUGUUCCCAUUUUGGCUAGAAGAGGUGUCUGUUACCUGCGCAGAUAACCCCUGAGUAGAUGCUUGAUGGCAUUUGAUAUUGAGAACUCCCCAGAGAAAUCCCUUUUUGCCCCCUAGCUGCCAACUGAGAAGCAGAUGUACUGCGAAAGGGAUACUGCAGCCAACACACUGCUGUUUUUAUUUUGAAUUAUGUCUUUUUGGAAUGCUCUUCCUACUAGAAUAUUUUUAUUUUCUUUGUACACCAUACAAUCAUGUACUCUUAACAGAGAUUUUACUUUAAAGAGAAGAAAAAGAAAUCUGGAAGUAUUCUUUAAAAAGAAAAAUACAAAAAAAAAAAAACUUUAUUAAUAAUCCUGUAUUUUUACUGAUCAUGUUUGAAUGUCUAAAAAGACUUUAUUGUUCUAAUUAUCCAGAUGUAUGUUUGUAAAAUAGCUCUUUUAUGACUUAGCGGAUAAGGUUGUAUGUUUCUGGAAUUAAAUAUUGGUCACUUAAAAAAAUAUUUCUGUUUUCAGGAUCUGGGAACUAGAAAAUUUUAAGCGUUUCAAAUAUCAUUAAAUAAGCUUAAAGGAACCGA